UGGGUGUUUUUGGGUAAAUCGUCGUACCGAAAAUUUGUUUUCCAUGGCCUAUUGCUAUUUUUAGAAAGUCUUUUGACGAGACGAAAGCACUUUUCACCUGUUCACAACACAAUCCAUGUUGCCUCGAUAACAAAAGCUUAUCACAGCCUAUGAAUUGUUGUAAGAUCAAGACGCCUAACCAAACAUAAAAGCAGCGGGAUGAUGACUGGCUGUCACAGGAUCCAAUUAUAAAAAGCAAAAUAUGGCAAGCAAGCAAUCCAAUGAUAAUGGAGCAAGGCCCAAAACUAAUUUCAAGUCAAAUAUCCAAAAUCAAGAAUGUUCUAAAAUGGAAACUGAAAAGAAAGAAAGGUUGGAAAAUAAUCAAGGACAAGAUAAACAUGUCAGACUAGGGACUGAUUUAGACAAUGAUUCUGUACCAUAUGCUCCACAAGACACCUCAUUACCAGGCCCUACUGGAGAAACAGACUCUGAGUCAGACCUUUUACUAGUAGAUUUGGUAGUCAUAUAUACCAAGGAGGAUUUUGAUAAGGUGGAUACUGAAUUUAUUCCAUGGUUGAAAAAGAUGGCCAGGCAAUGUAACAUUGAUGCUCGGAUAUAUCUGUAUGAUGAUUCAGUUGUUUUAAAAAGAGAUAACAUAUUCAGAAAAGCUGAUGAUGUGUUGGCAAAAUGUAUGAAAAUAUUGGUUUAUAUCACUGAAAAUUUCAUGAAGGACAAAUCUCUUACUGGCAUAGUGGAAGAGCUGAUUUGUCUGACAAGGUUCAUGGAUGAUACAGAAAUCAAUGAGCACAUUUCAAAAAUAUCUCAAUUGGCAAACAACAUGAAUAGAAACCUAGAUCUUCUUCAUGAAUGUGUUCUACGCCAAAAGGAAAAUGCUGUCAUGCGUGUUCAAACAACAGCUAAAAAAAUAAGAUUUACAGGUCUGCAAGCAAAUAAUAAUAUUAUUGAAUUUUUUGACUUAGAGAAGAAUGCAAGAUUGAAAGAGCGGGUUGCAAAGAAUGUUAUCACGAAAGCAUUCAUGGACAGGGAAAAGCAAGAAUUGGUUGUUAACCAUAGGAACAAGUCCUCAAUGUCUAAUGAAAAUCAAUGUACUACUUCUGGGAGACAUUCAUACGCUACUUCUGCAGACGGUCAACAUAAUAUUUCCCACCAAAAUCAACAUGCUGCACACCUCGAAGGUGGCCAUCAGUUGCCUGUAGAUACUCAGGUUGUUUCAAAUGCAAAAACUAGUACUCCCCUGGAGAAACAACUGAACAAUGAAGCAGUUGACAUUGUCUGUACCACAUCCACAUCAACAGGUUUUGAAGUUGCCAGUAACCAGUCAAAUCAAAUAUGGGAAACUAAACAGCCAAAUCCGAGGCAAGGAAAUGAAAGCCAGACAGUAAUCGGUGGUGUCGUAACCAGUAUUAGCGGAAGUCCAGCCUCCUCAAACGCUCUGGAGGGGAAUAUUGCACAUUCCAGAAAUACUGCUGUGUCUGGAUUAAACAACCCAGAGAAAAAUCCAGAGACAAAACCUGCUCAUUGUUCUCAUAUAGGGGAAACAUCAGAGAAUAAAGACAUCAAGACUCACGGUGCUGAGGGUGCUCUGCCUCCUGAGGAUGUCGGGGAUUCUGAUGAUAUAGAAGAAGAUCAGUUGGAAUCUUCAAAGAACAAAUACAAAGAGAACAAGUCAACAGCCUCAAAAUUAACAGAUUCUGGAUAUGACUCUGCGACUGGUCAAGAAGAGUUGUCACCAACAGAUGAAUCCGACAGGUCAGGAAAAGACUCCGGGGAGACGAGUCUAGACAACACUAGUCUAGUGAAUGAUUCAGGCAAUGCGGCAUUAAAUUCUCAAAAAACUGAGAGCAUACUGAGCAUUGAUGCAAAGGACAGCUUGAACAAUGAGAGUAAGGUCCUGGAACACACUGCUGCCAGAAGUGUAAUGGCAGGCAAUCCUGCCCCGAAAAACUUUGAUGGUAGUCAUCCUGUUGAUUCACUGGAUCCUUCUAACCUAAACAAUGAAAAACGUUUUGGCAGCCCUCAGGCCCUAUUCCAUUUGCUAACAGGUGACUUAACAAGCUCCAUCGUCGACCAAUCAUGGCAGUUGGAAACCGAGCCAAAUGAAUACCGAGAUGAAGACCGGCAGUGUGGAGCUGAUGGACAUUGGGAAAUUAUUUCACUACACGAAACCUCUUUGUUUACUGCUAGGUAUAUUAAUGAAGCUAAUGGUUUUCUGAGGACUAAUGCUGUAAACAUGAUGGCCCAGUGUGCUAAAUUUCACAAAGAAAAACAAAAACUGGACAAUCAGGAGGAUGACGUCGACUAAAUCUUUAUAGAAUUAAUUUCGCCGAAGGCAGCUAUACUUUAGUCAGUCAGUGUCAUUAAGUGUGAGGGCAAUGUCUUGUUGCAUCUUAUCAAUUACUGAACAUACAUUGUCACUUUAUCAAUAAGUGCAACAAAUGAGACUGGUAAUUAAGGUGGAAAGAUUCACAUCUUCACUCUAAGUUAAAUUCUGAUUAGAGAAUGUAUCCUUACUCUGACUCUGUGUUUCUAUACAGAAUGGCGGCAGAUUAAUGUUCUCCUGGUGUUUGGUUUUCCUUCAGUAAAAAAAAAACAAAAAGCAGGUCUUCAUUACAUAGAAAGUAUCUUAAAGUAUGAUCUAUAAGUAUCUAUAUUACUCAUUGUAAUCAUGGUAACCCAAUUUAUAAUGUUUUUUGUAAAGGUUUCAUGGAUUUAAACAAUGCUCCUUUAGCACAAUACACAAUGAGAUAUGUUUUAGAGGUUGAUAGAUUGACCAAGCUGUGCCACACUUUACCAACACUCAACCAUUGUGGCCUUGAUAACAUUUACAUUUUUUUCAAACGUUGGGUGUUGAGAUGAUUUGUAUUAUUGUAAAUAUAUAUAAUCUAUAAUUACUUCAUGUAUUUUAAUAUCAGAAGUUUGGUCAUUCGAUUAGUACAUGAAUUAUAGUGAGUUUAAUUAUUUAUCAAAUUUGUACAUAAAGUUUGUAUAACUACUGAUUCUAACUAAACUUUUGAUAAUAUUUGAUUAAAAGAAAAAGAUUUCUAUAUAAAUUAUAUACGCAACAGACAUGAUAAUCAAGUAAAAGCCUUGAGUGUUGGUUACCUCGUCAUCAUGUGAUAUGACCUUAAUCAUAUGUUUUACUACAUACACCUGUGAACAGUUGUGCAAACAUUAUAUUUUAAUAUACAGAUUCUAAUAUGAAAUAUUGAAUUUCCUAUAAAUCUGUAUGGUCUGGUCUGACUACAACUACAGUUGUACAUGAUGCAUGUACAGUGAACAUAUAUUUUUUUUAUAUACUGUUGACCUUUUGAUAUUAGAGUCAAUUAUUGACCUAAAAUUAAAGUCUUUUAUAUAUUUAUUAUUUAUCAUUGUCACUAUUAUAUGUUAUAAAAAAAAAAACCAGUCUGUGAUAUUAUGUUUUUUCUUAAUUGUUAAGGUUUUAUAAUUGUAAAGUGCUCAAAAUAAUAGUUAAAUGAUAUUUUUCAAAUUACUAAUUUUUUUUUAAAUGUUUAAUUACAAUAUUUAUUGUAGUAUUAUUUGCUAUACUAAAACUUUAUUUUCUCUAAAAACGGUAAUAAAUGAA